UCUCUCUCCCCUGCAUCACCUGAGGGCAGUUGGACAGUGAGCCGCGGGACGUCUGGAGGCUGGAUGGACAACAUGUCUCCACAGCAGCAACAGGACAGCCUCAGCCGAGGCGGUGGACAGCAAGAAAACAAACGGCGGAUGAAGUCCCAGAGCUAUCGGCGCCAGUCAGCCCCGUCUAUGGUCAUCAGCAAAGCUCUCACCAGGUCCAAGACUCUCUCCAGAGACAGCGUCCUGGUUUCUGUGUGCCCAGAGACGUGCUCACUGGUCCAGUCCCUCCUCACCGGCUCUGAUAGGUCCUUUCUUCUUCACGGACAUGCUCAGCUGAAGACUGGGAUGCAGACUCAGGACAGACACCUGUUCCUAUUCAAUGACACACUGGUGCUCGCCAAAGCCAAGUCAGCCAACCACUUCAAGCAGAAGGCUCAGGUGUGUGUGUGUGAGAUGUGGACGGCAAGCUGCAUGGACGAGGUGUGUGAGGGAAGCACGAACCCAGAAAGGAGCUUCGUUAUGGGCUGGCCCACCUGUAACUGUGUGGCUACAUUUAGCUCAGCAGAGCAGAAGGAGAAAUGGCUCUCCCUCCUCAAAAGUCGGAUAAAAGAAGAGAAAGAGAAGGAAGAACCUAAAACCAUUCCUCUGAGAGUGUACGGGAAGGGAAUCAAUACUUUUGCUGUUACCAAGACGCUCCCAGUCAGCAACUCAGAUUCAACCAAUGAGGUGGUGCGACUGGCCCUGCAGCAGUUCAGCAUCAUAGGGAACGUAAAAGACUUCCAGCUGUGGGUCAUCUCCAAGAGGGACAACGCCCCCUAUCCUCUAAUAGGUCAUGAGUUCCCCUUCAGUAUCCAGAUGAGUCAUGUGAGACAGACGAUGUCUCAGGGAGGUGGGGGCAGGGACGUGGACAGACAGAAGGCCAUGCACGUGGAGCAGAUGCAGGUGUACAAGCAGUGUCAGUUCAUCAUGAAGCCUCGACCUGCUGAAACACUGCAAGUAUCUGCAGAGUGGUCUCAGAAGACAUUUAAAAGGAGGCGUUCUCUCAUCACCUGGGCCUUCUGGCGAGGCUCCUCCUCUCACCUAAAUGAGCUGUCUCUCGCCGGCGCACCCCGCGGCUGCCUGUUCGGACAGCCGCUCAGCUCUGUUUGUGUAGAUGACGCUCUGCCAAAGCCAGUGAUGGACAUGAUGGCCUUCUUGUACCACGAGGGUUCUUGGACACGGGGGAUCUUCCGGCGGCCAGCGGGGGCUCGGGCAGUCAGGGAGCUGCGGGAGUCUAUCGACAGCGGAGAGUUUCAACUUCCUCUGACAAGAGACCAUGUCUUUGUCAUCGCCGGAGUAUUUAAGGAUUUCUUGCGCAGCAUCCCAGGCAGCUUGCUGUGUUGUGAACUGCACGAAGAAUGGAUGGACGUGCUGGAGGAAGAGGAGGAGGAGGAAGAGCAAGUGCAGGACAUAAAAAGGAUGAUUCGUCGUCUGCCCAAAGAAAAUGCCCUGCUGCUACGCCACCUGUUGGCCAUGCUACACGGUAUCGUGGGAAACGCCCACGAGAACCAGAUGACGAGCUUCAAUUUAUCAGUGUGUAUUGCUCCCAGCAUGCUUUGGCCUCCUGGAGCGCCCUGUAGCCCAGAAGUGGAGGGAGAAGGAACUAAGAAGGUGUGUGAGCUGGUCAAGUUUAUGAUUGAACACUGUCAGCAGAUUCUGGGAGAGAUUCCCUCCACCCUGUUUGGAGGGCCGCCACAAAGACUCAACACUGACGAGAUGAGAUCAGACUCCUGGCUGUACCCUCUGACCGACUCGUCCUACGACAGUCUAGAGAACGAGUUGGACAACAGCAGCGGUGGCUCACCGGGCUUCAGCAGCAGGAGGCACAUUCGACCCAAACCACUGCGAGGCAGCCUGGACUCCGUCACAGUCAGUGACUACGACCAGGACACAGACCCAGAUAACCCCCAGACCCAAGCUGACAGCCCACAGGGUCAGAAGUUACACCCACUGGGGAGAAGCAGAGGCAGGAGACAGGACGCAGACCUCUCCUGCUCCACCCAGGACUCACCGACCGUGGACUCCACCCUUGACUCGCUGUCCCUGGAUGGUCGGCACAGGCAGCGGAGGCGUUCAGAGCCAGCGAUAGCGUACAUGGCCAAGUUCCGGCCAUGCGCCUCAGAGAGUACUGAUGGUCUCUCUGGUGAGGAUGAAGAUGAUGAGGAAGAGCUUUCCAAGAAGCCCAUCUACCAUACACUCGCUCACACACACUCUAGAGGUCACACUCGGAGGGGUGGAGGUGAAUCUGUGUUUAAGCUCCAUGGUGUGAGGUCAGCAGCUCAGGAAGUGAGCUCCCCCAGCCUCUCCUCCACCCCCAACUCCCCUGCACCAACCCGCUCCUCCCUGGACUCUCUCGACUCCCUGCACUCCCUCAGCAGCGACCACACCUGCACAAUCAAACGGGGGCUCCACCCAACCAAGACACAUCUGUCCUCCAGCUCUCCCCCUCUACCUGUCCCUUUAUCCGUCCCCACCUUACCGUUCACCAUAGGCUCUGCUCUGACCCCUGGUGGACAGCCAGACCUGGGGACUUGUCCAAAAGACUCCGCACCAAAAGAAGCACCCAACUGGGGGACAUUAAAAGGCUGCGGGGGCCUCCACCCAAACUCUUGGCUGAAAAAAGGUCGCAGGCUGUCACUAACCCAACAAGACAACUUGGACAAGGAAGAGGAGGACAAGACGGGGGGAGGACCUGCUGAUAAGUCACUCACACUUGGGAAACCUGGCCCAGAGAAAGGAAAAGCAGGUGAAAGGGGACGAGGGAAAGUGAUGUCCAGCAGCCAACCCAAGCCCAAAACCUCCAGCAGAGCCUCUAAGGACGCAGGAGGAGGAGGGAGCCGUGUGAAGGGGCGGCCUGGCCUGGACACUAACAAGCCUCGACACCUGAAACAGGACUCAUACAGCCCACCUUCCCACCACCGCUCUACAGGGAGUCUCAACCUCCCCAAAUCCCACUCGUUCAAUUCAGAAUCCACGCUAACCAUCAGGCAGCUCAACGACACCAACACCGGUGGUGACAUCACCAACCACAGAUGUGCAGCUGAAGGUGAAGUGAAUGAGCUGAAGCAGCCAUCACCACCUUCCCUCUACAAGCAGAGUGGGCCGUCCCUGUCCCUGUUUAAGCAACACAAGUCUCAGUCUGUCGAGGAGGCAUGCAAAACCAAGACCCACAAGCGCCGGGGAUCAGAACCCGGACGGCAGGUUGUGGACCGAGCCUCCACCUUGACACGGGCGAGGCUACCCAGCGACCCAGGACUGAAGGUCUCAGAGGCAGAGUCACAGGGAGGGACUUCAGAGGCCCGUUUCUGCCUCUCCCCGUACGCUGCCAAAGCAGUGAGGGACUAUUUCUCCUCUCACCCGCGCAGCAGCCCUCAGAGCAGCCAACAGGUGGCGCUGGCCCUGGUGGAGAGUCGCAGGGAGUGGCUGAAGAGAUGCAGUGACCCCACAGCAGAGCCAGACUUUGACCAGCUCCUGUUUGCUGAAGAGUCUUACGUCUGAUUAUGACACAGCACAACAAAUC